CCUGGAGCCAACCACCAAACCUUGGCAAGAAAACACAACUAUAUACACACACACACAUCUGCACCUCAACGACCUUGUAUCAUCUUCAACCUCGCACACACCAACUCAAUUGCAUAGAGCCGGUCUCCCCUGCCCCCCCCACCGGCCUAGUUGUUGAACCCUAAUACCAUCGUCGUCCCGUCCUCUCGUCUCUGUCCAACUUCUGGCGUUUGUUGUCGACCAGACCAGCGCCGACCCCACACUCGUUUACCGUUUACACUUUAGACUCGUCCAAAACCACCCACCCCGUGUGGCUGUUAGAUUUGCUGCAAUCAAGAUGGUGGCCCUCGCCCCCCUCCUCUCCCUCCUUCCCCUCCUCGCGACUGGCGUCCUUGCCAGCCCCGUCCCCGAGCCCGACCCGUUCGCCAUCGCUCGUCCUCAGUCGCCUGCGGCAAAGCCCCCGACCGACUCCGUCAAGAGCGCUAUCCAGGGCUUCGCCCUCCCCCUCCACCUUCCGCCCGGCGCCGCGAAGCGCGAGCGCCAGAAGCGUGACGGCAAGCAGGGCAACCCGCUCGACCUGCUCGCGGCGCAGGCUUUCGUCGCCCAUCGCUACGGCGCCGACAAUGCCCACGAGCUCCGCGACCUUGUCCACGCUCACGCGAAGCGCCAGUCUAACGGCGCCGUGUCCCUCCAGAACAACAACCUCGAUGCGUCGUACUCUGGCGACGUGAGCAUUGGUACUCCGCCUCAAGACUUCCAGCUUAUCCUCGACACGGGCUCGUCGGAUCUCUGGGUCGGCUCGUCGUCGUGCGACUCUUGCAACAGCAACAAGUUUGACUCUUCCAAGUCGAGCACGUUCAACAACCUCAACGCUUCGUUCAGCAUUAGCUAUGGCUCGGGCGACGCCUCGGGCACCCUCGCUCAGGACACGGUCUCGAUGGCCGGCUACAAGGUCGCGUCUCAGACCUUUGCCGUCGUGUCCAAGCACUCGGCCGCCCUCAUUGGCGACGCGACGAGCGGCAUCAUGGGUCUCAGCUGGCAGGCGCUCUCCUACUCCAAGGCGUCGCCCUUCUGGGCUACGCUUGCCCAGUCCAGCGCGUGGCAGGACAAGCUCUUCGCCUUCUACCUCAAGCGCUGGCGUGAUGUGGCGGGCGCCAACAAUGUCGAGUCUGACGGUGGUGUCGCCAACUUUGGCUACCUCGACUCUUCGCUCUACACUGGCGAUGUCACCUACGUUGACGUUGGCUCCAACCCUCAGUACUGGCAGAUCCCCAUGAGCCAGAUCACGGUGCAGGGCCAGCAGAUCUCGCUCAGCGGCUCGAACAAUGCCGCCAUCGACACUGGCACCACCUUGAUCGGUGGCCCCGCCGACGUUGUCAAGAACAUCUACGCUGCCAUUCCCGGCUCUCGCCAGAUGACGGGCAACUACGCCAACUACUACGAGUACCCCUGCACGACCUCGGUCAACAUCCAGCUCAACUUUGGCGGCUUCCCCGUCCAGAUUGGCGACGGUGACUUCAACCUCGGCCGCUACUCGAGCGACAAGAGCUUCUGCACUGGUGCCAUUUUCCAGCAGACCCUGUCGAGCAACUCGCCUGUGCAGUGGAUUGUCGGUGCCACGGCCCUCAAGAACACGUACACCGUGUUCCGCUACUCGCCCCCGGCUGUUGGCUUUGCCAAGCUCGCUGGCGCCGCCACGCAGUCGACGACGGUGGCUACUGCCAUUCCGACGGCUGCCGUCCCUGGUCUUGGUGACCCGCAGCCCGCCAACGUCACCGACCCUGGAACCACCUCGACGACCUCUACCAACACCACGUCGUCCACGGCCACCUCGACCACCCCGACCCCGCACGUCGUCAUUGAGACGGCUACCGCUUCGGCCGGUGCUGGUGGUGCCGGAGGUGCUGGCGGUGCAGGUGGUGCUGGCGGUGCUGGCGGCGCUGGUGGCCAGCCUGGUCAGCCUGGUCAGUCGGGCCAGCCGGGCCAGGCGGCCUCCAACAACGCCAAGUCGGCUGCCAACGCUGUCUCGGCUCCUCUUGCCUUCACCCUGGCUGCCUCCGCGUUCGGCGCCCUCGCCUUCUCGCUCGCGGCUUAGAGCACCGAUUUGUGUGCACUUUGUUCACCCCCACCUCCCUCCCCUGCCUAAUGCACCAUCCAUUGCACAUACACACAUCCAUACGCGAGACGGCGGGUCCGCCGCCUCUGGACAAUUACCCUUUGUAGAGUCUAAACAUGCA